CCGAACGUACGUUCAUUUAUCCGGCCAGCCGUCAAGGAAAGCUACUCCGCGAGUGUAAAGCUCCCCAUACUAGCCAGCCAGGUAACGUUAGCUAACUCUUCGCUGUGGUAAAGGACUGAGCAGUGUCGCAAAAAACUUUCGAGGCUAGGGGCAUCCGACAGCUGACCCACAGAGCCAGUGGGUAAAAGAAGACAAAGAAGUAAAAUGCAUCAGACUACAUAACAUCACUGCUGCACAUGGCUUUGUUUAGGAGAUGCAACAUGGGAAAGGAGGUCUAUCUGCAGAGAGUUUGGAGGUGGGAGAGGCCUCUACACCCAGACCCGGCCAAGUGUGGCGACAGCUCGAUGACGUACACAGGGCUUCUUUUUGGAUUGAGUUGAUUUUGUCCCCAUAUUGAAGCAAAGACUGAAAGCGGGGGGUCUCACAAGAACCAGAGGACUCUGAUUGGCUGUUUGAGGCUGGACAUCAUUUUGUAAACCGUGUUUUUUUUUUUUUUUUUUUUUUUUUUUCUCUCUCAUCGGCUUUUUGAAAAUUAAUUCCAGCUGGACUUUUGUUUGAUGCAGCUUCCAGCAACUAGUUCAAAUUAGUUUUAGUUGGUUUCCCCCUGCUGACAUAGUUUGAAACGCUGGAACUGUCCCUUCUUCUGCCGCCAUCCUCCAUUUCUUCCACCCACCCAGUGCCUAAAUACGCCCUCUCGGGACAAUCACAGAAGUCAUCAGCAGCUGCUGCGCUCAAUCCUCUGCCUCUUCUCCUCUAUGUGCUUCUGCUCUCGGCCUGCUGGCCAUCCACCCACUACCUCUUUCAUUUUCUGCUCUUUUUGUUUUUAUAUUCAUUUCCUCUGAUAGGCAUAAUCAGAACUCGAGCACAGUGGCGAGCAUUAAUGCAAAACACUGAGUUUUAAGGAGCGGAGAGAAACCCAGAUUCCUCUCGCUUUAGUCGUGUGCGAGUCUCUGUGCUUUAGCGUUGGAGCACACAAGUGUUACGGUUGCACUGGUGCCAGGGAGCAGUUACAAUUCGAUUUAUUUAUAUUGUUGCACCAAAUACAGUUAGAUUAAAGCCAUACAAAAAUAUUUAUGAAUUACCGACACACAUAUUUUUGUAUCACCUUGCUCUUGUAAAGUCUUGCUUUUAUAAACCUCUUAAGAUUAUGCACACAACUUAAAUAACAUUACAACAAGCUGUACACAUGCAAUGCUAAAGUAAAGCUGUUUACUGCUGUAUGAAAGUACUGAUUAUCUUAGUGCCAGGAGACCUUUAGUGUGACGGGACACAGAGAAACCCUCAUGUUUCCAUUCAGCUGCUGCUUUGCAUAGUGUUUUCUUUUUUCUAGUCUGUAGUCAUGGUCCCUCCUCCCGAACAAACCCCACAUUCGCCAUUUUGACCUGUAAAGCGCCGUUUACAGUAGGUAGACCGUAGAUAGAUAGAUCCCUCCCUCUCUCUCUGUCUUCCUCCCCUCUCUCUCUGUCUCUGAUGCCGGGCUUCAGUGGUGGGGGGGUUGGGGGAGGAGUAGGUGUCCCUGCUUCUGCUCCUCCCCGUCCAUUUCGCCCCAGCCGAUAUGUCCCGGUGUCUGCAGCCACCACUUUCCUUGUCGGAUCCACCACCCUCUUCUUCUGCUUCACGUGUCCAUGGUUGUCAGAGUAUUUCUCCUUUGUCAUUCCCGUCUACAUUGCCGUGAUCUUCCUCUUCACCCUCGCCAACUUCUGUAUGGCCACUUUCAUGGACCCUGGAGUCUUCCCCAGAGCGGAGGAGGAUGAGGACAAAGAAGAUGAUUUCCGUGCCCCGCUCUACAAGACGGUGGAGAUCAAAGGGAUCCAGGUGCGCAUGAAGUGGUGCUCGACCUGCCGCUUCUACCGUCCGCCGCGCUGCUCGCACUGCUCAGUCUGCGACAACUGUGUGGAGGAUUUCGACCACCACUGUCCGUGGGUGAACAACUGCAUUGGUCGGAGGAAUUAUCGCCAUUUCUUCCUCUUCUUGCUUUCACUUACCACCCACAUCAUGAACGUAUUUGGCUUUGGCUUGGUUUACGUGCUGCACCACCGCCAGCAGCUGGACACGCCACAUGCUGCGGUUACUAUGGCUGUAAUGUGUGUGUCCGGCCUGUUUUUUGUCCCGGUCGCUGGCCUGACUGGGUUCCACAUGGUGUUGGUGGCCCGCGGUAGGACCACAAACGAACAGGUCACAGGGAAGUUUCGGGGAGGCGUUAACCCUUUCACCAACGGCUGCACGAGGAAUAUUUCUCAUGUGCUCUGCAGCUCCCAGGCCCCCAGAUACAUGGGCCGGCGGCGAAGCCCUCAGGCAAUGGAUGUACAGCCACCAUUUCUUCGACCGCCUCUCACUGAGGCCCAGCUAGAAGCCAAGGUCCUGGACAACGGCAUCCAGAAUGACCGACACAGCACCAGGUCCAAGAGUAGUCUAGACCAGAUGGAGAGCCAGUCAGCUGAUGCAGAGCCUCCACCUCCUCCAAAGCCAGAGCUUCGGUACCCUGGCCUGCCCCGUGCUGACACGGAGGAGAGCAGCCUGUUGACUGAAACUCCACCUACGCCGUCGAUGUAUAAGUACCGACCACCUUACAACAGCCCAGGAAGGAACCACACGGCCCUCACACACCCCAACAAGAUGAUCCGUGGGGAGAGCCUCAACUCUCCAUCUCCCUCCAUCCUCCAGUCCAGCCGUCAGCUUAGCUACCGUUCGGAGCCGAGCAGCCUGGACGGGACCGCGGUGGUGGGGGGAGGUGUAGGGGCGCGCAGAGGGGGAGGGGAGAGGGGCGAGGGCCCCGGAGGCCCCGGCGGGACUGCCGGAGUGAUGCCAGGGGGCAUGUCAGGUUACUCCCUGACUGGGCGCUCCUACACCUCCUACCCAUCCUCUCUGGUUCUGUCCACUGGCGGCUCUCACUCCUCCAGCUUGCGCUCAGCGCAGGCGGCCCAUAACCCGCUGGCCACGCUCCAAUCAGAGGGCACCACAGACACCAGCUACAAAAGCUUGGCCAAUCAAACGCCUCGGAAUGGCAGCCUGUCCUACGACAGCCUUCUGACACCAUCCGAGAGCCCGGAGUUCGAGUCGGCCGCUCACGAGCUGUCGCCGCAGAAGCCUCGCGCUCAGUUUCCCUCAGCGACUGCAACAGGCCAGCGGGAGGUGGUGUCACCCAGCAGCCUGCUGCAGGGCUACACGUCGCCCUUCCUCUCGGCUCAGAUCGCCCAGCAGAGGGAGGGGCAGCUGUUCCAGGGCUCUGCCACUUUCUCCUCCCCCCACAGGGCCUACCUGCGUGCCGUCAGUCCGCCCCCUCCCUCCUCUGGGCCUCCCGAGAUCCAGCACCUGCUCCAGCAUAACCAGGACUACUCCUCCUCCCGAGCCCCUCGUAACCUUUCCUCCGCAUCCUCUUCCCCCCGGGCUCGCUCACUAGAGCACCCCGUCUCCCCGCCACCUCGCGGCCUCUCCCUCGGCAAGUCCCAGGCUUAUGUUGGGGAGGCAGGGCCUCAGCACAAGCCUCGGGCUUCAGGAGGAGGCAUUGUGCUGGGAGGGGGAGGAGCCGGAGGAGGGCAACAGGCUCCACAAUCCACCUCUCGUCCGGUCUUGGCCAAUCACACACCAUCCAAACCAGGGGGCGGAGUGAAGAAGGUGACAGGCGUUGGAGGGACCACUUACGAGAUAUCGGUUUGAGUGACCGUCAUGGUCCAUCACAAAGAGGAGGGGGCGGGUCAUAGGACUACUUCCACUUGUCUCUCACCUGAGCUGGACGUUAUCCACUGUAGGCUCCUGAGAAAUGACUGUUUUUCCGCUGCAAAGGACUAAAGGAGCCUGUCUGGUACUCACUUUGUUAUAUUUGUAACGCCACUGGCAGAUUUGAACAAAGAGUAAAAGGGGACACUGCAUUUUUCGGCGGAUCAAGUCGUCUCCCUUUAGCCACUUUGUGAGCCACAGACGGACGUGACUGUAUCAUCAUGGCUGGGUACAGAUAUGUCUACAGAACACCCAGAGCGAUUCAAUGAUUGGCUGUUUCAUUUGGUCCGUUAGCACACAGAGUAUUGCCCGCCGUGUCCGACACUUGAGGAAAGGAUGGCCUUUAUCCGGCGAACGGACCACACAACCCAUUUAUCGACAAGAGUCCAACCUAUAAACACAGUAUCAUUUUAGUUUUCUAAAUCUUUUUUUAAAAAUAUUGUUUUAUAUAAAUGUAUAAAAUCUUACAGAUUAUUAUUGGGUCAACUUGUCAGGCAUGGACUAUGGAUAAGGGUGACAGACAGUACUGCGUGUAAUUAUUCAUGAAAGCGAUCUCGGAUCAGUUGCCUGUUUUUAUUUUAAUGGCUGCAUCAGCCCACUCAUGAGCUCUUGCUGGAAUCUUUCAUCGUCCAAAGAGAAUGAUGAUCGUUUUGGUGAACAGCCCGAAGUGGCAAAUAAUUGAGUUUGAUUUUUCUGAAAGCCACAAAGAAAUUCAGAAUCACGAUUGCAGCACAAGUAUCUUUGUGGAAUGUACGCUUGUAAUCUUUAUGCUAGAGACAUUAUGCAAAAUCUGUUAGUAGCUUUAAGAUCAUUAUAUGUCCCUUUUUCUGUAAUAUUUUGUCCAUCGAGAUGCUAGUAGAACCUGAAACCUUUAACGGGUGGCCAGCCAAAUGGGGGCAGCGAGGGAAGGGCUUAUUUAUUUUACCACACAAGACAACCUUGUAGUUUUGGGCACAAUUUCAAACCAGUCUCUGCCAGUUUGUCCUUUUCUUUUUUUUGAGAAAAGAAGAGUAAGUAUGAAUAUUUUUUAUGACAAAGACUUUAUAAAUGAAAUUGUAAAUGCGCUAUGCCACUGAAUAGAAUUUCAAGGAGGGACUGGUUUGUAUUUAGACUUUUUUUUGUUUUUUCUGCCUUGAGACCAUUCGUAGUGAAGCAUGCACAUUUUAUUUGUAUUUUUUACACUUUUCCGAGAGAAAAAAAAAACGGCAGAUUCGAUUUUUUGAUUGGCUUUUAAAACUUCUGUAAAGGUACAGGUUUUUUUUUUUUUUAACCCUUUAACCCACCGCCAUGUUAAGAAAGGAAUAGUUUCAGGAUUGGGCAUUACGGUUAAGAUUUUAUUUAUUCUAUUAAGGCCUCCAGCGGUGUUGGCAGUAGAAUGUCAAAGCUGGCUGAAUGUAGCACGUCUUUGGGGGGAAAGUACUCGCUUGAAGCACACAAGUGUCAUCGCUCAACCCAAACGACCGUGUUACUAGUUUUCAACCCUCCCAGGCGGCGACGUCGUCGGUGUGCAUGUGGUUUUUGUUGGUCGUGCUGAAUGCUUCACUGGCGUGCGAACUUGAGAAUAUUGUCAAAAAGCCCACCUGGGUAAAUGUGUGGGUGGUUACAAGAAAAAGAAGCAUCAUUAGUGGCACAGGCAGCCAUCGAUAAAGAGACCGUGAGAUACUUUUCUUCCUGCGCUGGCCAACAAUUGUGACCACUGAACAAUUUGAACCUAUGUGAGUAAACUUCUAUGUGAGAUAAAAUAUUGCUAUUGUGGGCUGUGAUGAAUGGAAUGAGUUUCACAAAUAUCUGUAAAGAGUACAUAAAAGACAUUUCCAAAAUGGCCUUAUAAAGAAUUUUUAAAAAGAUGUCUUCUCAGAAUAAAAAGGUCAAACUGA